GUUAAUAGUCCGUUAUUUCCAUUAUUUCCUCCGGAGUCUCCCCAGAGAUUCUAUCACCAUGCGAACAAGCGGUCCGCUCUGCCCAUGUGACGAGUGGUCCCAUGGCUCCAGUGCACCCGGGCCGCCUGUCAUAUAAGUAGGUCCGUGGCGGGACGACUGCCCCGCCAUCACGCCCAGAAUGCGCGCCUUUUUCGUGUCCUGUCUCCUGGCUAGCGCUGCCGUCGCGUCUGCACACCGCGUGCAAUUCAUCGCCGCGGCCAACCGCACGUCGCCCAUCUCUCUCAAGGCUUCGCCUGUUUGUGGGAAGCUCUCGGACAAGACGUUCACCGAGGCGAAUACCGGAGUCAAGUUGAAUGCGACAAAAACCGUCAUCUCAUUUGGAGACUCCUGGUCGUCCAACGGCUCCAACGGAACCAUCCCUUUUGCGCCAGUCGUCUUUCCUCCGAACCCUAGCGCGGGCGCUCGCGCCGGGAAUAACUUCCGCGCACGGGCCAGCAACGGGUACACGUGGGUCGAGGAUCUGGCGAACACCGUCGGCGCGAAACUGAUCGACUACUCUGUCGGCGGCGCCGUAACUGAUCUGCAAGCAUGGAAUUCCACAAGGAAAGGAGUCACGUUCACGUCUGAUAAUCUGUUGCGGACGGAUUUCGUGCAUGAGACUGCGCUCUUCCUCAAGCAGGGCCAUUUCCUCGCCGAUCUGAACCCCGACAGCACUCUUUAUACUGUUCAUUUUGGUACGCAUGACAAUGCCCAGUUCUCUGCGCAAGGCGGUGAUUGGGACCUGGCCGCGUCAAGUUUCCUCGAACAAAUCAGCAUCUUGCAAGCAAACGGGGCCAAGAACUUCUUGAUUCUCUGGGUCUACUUCCAAGCCAAUGUCACCACGACAUUCCAAAACACAGUGCAACAGGGCCUGUUCGCGGCUCACCGUCAGAAUGGCACCAACUUCGCAACAGUGAAUCUCUUUAAUCUCUUCAACGCCAUCAACUCGGACCCAAGCGAUUGGGGAUACACCAACUCGACCUGUUUGGCUUCGCAGAAUUUCACGACAUUUGGCUGUGACGACCCAGACAGAUCCAUUUUCUACAUUCCGGGCCAUCCCUCAGCGACGACGCACGAAAUCAUCAACGAGUACACCAUCCAGGCCAUUAAUCAAUGCGUGUAGCAAAAGAAAAGUAGUCAAUACAUACUCCUCACAGCUGAUAAGAUGAGAUUCCGCCAUGAUAAGAUGGGUUGCGAUAAGAUAGAUCGCAAGAGGCUGUGCGCUUGACUGACCUUGACUCGUACACUCUUGAAUGAGCCAAACGUCGAUGGACACUCAGCCAAAUCCUUCUCUCUCCUCAGCAACCAAACCCGAUUCUAAGAAGGGCAAGUCCAAACCAAAGCGAGACAACGUUCAAUCGUCGGAAACAUCGAGCAACGGCCCUCGUUCCGAGAAACUGAGAGGGCUUCCGAAAGAUUCUCCUGAAGUCAGGAUAUCCAAGACCUUGUCCUGGAUCCUUAGGCAUGGUGCAAAAAGCGAAGGACUUGCCAUGAGGCCCGAUGGUUAUAUCAAGGUUACAGAUCUGGUUAGUUUCUCGGAAGGACUCCUGGUGAACUUCACCGACGGCUGCCUAGCUCGCGAACCCCAAGCUCAAGACAUUAGAUCUCGAAAAAAUCCAAGAGAUCGUCAAAGCUGAUUCCAAGCAACGAUACAGUCUCAUACAGGAGGGAGAGUUGUGGUGGAUGAAGGCGAAUCAGGGACAUUCCAUCAAGACUGUGAAGCUUGAAUUGAAACCCAUCCUCUCCGUCGAUGAUAUUCCGUCCCGUAUCGCGGUACACGGGACUACCAAAGCGGCAUGGGAUUCCAUAGCCACGCAAGGGCUCUCUAAAAUGAAGCGCAACCAUAUCCACCUAGCGCAAGGCGUCGCUGGUCAGAACGUCGUCAGCGGAAUGCGGCAAUCCUCGCAAGUGCUCAUCUUCAUUGACGUGCAAAGCGCUCUUAAAGACGGGAUCGCUUUCUUUCUUUCUGAUAAUGGCGUAGUUUUGACAGAAGGAGAUGCUGCUGGGUUCUUGCCGUCAAGGUAUUUUACGACAGUCCAAACGUCACAAGGAGUUGCGCUUCCCGGAUGGGAAGAGCGUUCCCUGGCCGAGAAACUAGGAACAGUCGCGAUAGACUAAAUGUAAACUCGUCUCUGGCAUUGUAUCGUAGCCUUCAUCCGGCUUAGGCUGCUCAACGCGCCUGCCAAAUCAUGUGACCGCGAUCGCGUUCAGCAGAGUCCACCAUGCGAUCUUCUGCUUCCCAUCUCCCUACGCCAUCCAGUGUGUCCCCUGCCCCUGCCGGCCCAGCUCCGGCGUCCACUUUUUUCCCUUCGCCCUUCCGCUUUCAUGAUGACACUCCUCCAGCAAAGCGACAACGCAGAUCCUCCACCCCGCGCGUGUCGAUGUCUGCCACCCCGGACGAAGUGAACCAAGAGCGUGCGGCCUCGACCAUGCGCAUGAUCAACCUGUGGUCGGGUCUGGCCGAAAAGUACUCCCGCCGCAUAGAUGAAGACGACAUUGUCGAUCUUGUCACGGGAGAAGUCGUCAAAGACCGCGGCGUGUUGACCGCUGAGUCGCGGUGGGACUUUGGACGAUUCUACGCUCCUUCUCCGGGUGAGGAGAACACGCCGACGGGUACGGACGAGGAUGAAGACGGAGAGAAGGAGGAGGAUGACGAAGAGGAUGACUUUGACGAGCUGGAUCUGCUGGACCGGAGCCCCCGAAAGCAGCAGACGGAGGAGAUUUCAAUCCGCAAGCUGGCUAUGGAGUUCCCUCUGCUCAAUAGAACGGACCCGGUCACGGACUCCUGGGACUUUGAAGAGUUCAUGAAGGCCGAGAGACAGAGACGCGAGGCAGGUGACGAAGAAGAUGAGGAUGAGGGGGAGGAUGAGGAGGAACGAACUGGCAAUGAUACCCAAGACGAAAAGGACGAUGAAGGCACACUGGAAUCGAAUGGUUCGCCUCCCCCUGCUCCGGCUCGGUCUCCGUCGAGGCGACAAGAGGCCGAGAACUCCGACGACUUCGAGUCCGGGGACGAACUGGAUGCAUUCAGCUCAUUGCCUGCAACACCACGUGCUGGUGUCCCCGUUUAUGAACUCUCUGAAGAUGGUUCGGACCAGGAGACGCCCGAACAAGAAUAUACCCCGCCGACACCCAUUCGUUCCCUGCAAGACAUCAUCCACACCCAGUUGCAAACACCCCCUCUCUCUCAUGCAUCAUCAGUCGGAGAAGAUGGGCUGACUGUCUCCCCUCGAAAAGACACCGCAGUACCGAAGCUUAAAGCUCAGUCCCGCAGACGAUCUCAUGGUCCAACUUUUAUACCUAGCCGCUCAUCGAGUCCUCCUGCGGUUGAAGACAUCUCCAUUUCCCGCGGUCGCAGCCUUCAUAAGGAAGGCCUCGACCGGCCGACACGAGCCAAAAAGUCCAACUUGUACUACACUCUCAAGGAAGCCAGCACAGAAUCGUCGACACCUCCCCAAUCAGUCGAGAGGGCCAAGUCUAACAGAAAAGCCGGUACGCCAUCACCGACAAAGCGGAAAGAACGGUCACCGAAGGACCCGGAGGACGAUUUAGUCUUCCACACGCCUCAUCGGCGUAUUGAUCGCAAAGGCAAGGCAAGGAUGAUUGAGCCCGUCUUUGAACCAGAAGAGGAUACCAGAAGAGCGUCGGACUUGCCCAGCAUCCCGACUACACCACUGAAACAAUACUACGAGUUCCCUCCUCCCAGCACGAAGAAGAGGAAGAGGAGAUCAUCGACGAGCCAGCUGCCUGAACUGAGUAACAGAUUUCCAUCUGUUCUGCACGUUCCAGACCCAAUACGGCGCACAGAUAUCCCACCGCUUUCUUCGCCAGGACCUUCAAAGAGCCGACAUUCACGUUCCAGAGACAGAAUGUCUAGGAAACCCGAAACUGACUCGGAGUCGGAAUCAGGGCCAGAGCCAUCUCACCAAUCGGACUGGCAGCCUUUUUCUGGGCAAGCAUCAUAUAAACCUUUCCCGGGCGGAAAUGAUGGUCGCCCGGUUACACCAUUGCAUGAUCCUCGGGCUCAACUCAUCAUCUCGCAAGCGAUGCAACAGGCAAUCCACCAGCUCUCGUCCUUGUAUUCGGGCGCCUGGGCUGCUCCGCUGACCACGUCCCGCUCUGAUCCAUACAUCUACUCGACUCCGACGCAUCGGGCGCGAAGGAAUUCACAUGUGUUCGAUUCCGGUGCAUCUUAUGCCACGUUGCCACCUUCGUCCCCGAUCUCCGAAACAUCGUCUUCUCCGGUCCGACGACAGGGAUCAUUGGUUGCUCGCAGCCGCUCUCGAGGUCGGCGGGUGAGUUUUGCGCUCAAAACUAGGUACGGGGAGACCUAUGUCCGCGCUCAAUCUGAGCCUGAAUCUGAAACGGACGAGACGGAACCUGCGCUCGAUUCAUCCCCAUCUCGUCGAGCAUCCCGCUCUAGACUGGGAGGACGAGCUCACACACCCGGGCCAUCAAAACAGCGAUGAUCUGCAUAGAGUUGUUUUGUUCUGCUGUACUUGAUUGUUUCCAUAGGCCAAGUAAUUUGUAGGGCCCAAUCUGUUGACAUUCUAAGGGUGCUGCAAAUAUAUCACCACGAAAAGUAGCGAACAUGUCGCGCCAUCAGUGAUGCCCAAUCAGUGAUGUUCAUCCUUUUGUUCCACAUCCAACAAUGAGCGCCUCCGUGUUUGGGGACCAGCAGAGCACGAUGUAUUCUUCUUCCGAAUAUAUAAAAGGCUAUGUUCCGAGCGUAUUCGACAUUCUUCUUCUUCCCUCUCUUUUUAUCUUCUCAAGGCCGUGCCUUUUCACGCUCACUGGUGACCGAUGCGAUUCUACACAGUCUUCUCCCUCCUGGCCCUGUCCCGCGCCGCCGUCAUUCCUUUCCGCCACUCCGCCCGCCAAGGCGAUGCUAAACUCGUCGUUGCCCACCACAUGGUCGGGAACACCUUCCCCUACACCGUCCAAGACUGGACCGAUGACAUGAACCUCGCCCUCGCGUCCGGCCUUGAUGGCUUUGCGCUGAACGUCGGCCCUGAUGAUUUCCAAGUUACGCAGACCGCCAAUGCCGUCCAAGCCGCCGAGGCGCUGGGCAACUUCAAGCUAUUCUUCUCGCUCGAUAUGUCCGUGUUGCCCUGCGCGACUGUUGCGGACGGCGCAGCCCUCCGCAGCCGUGUGCUGGGACUUGCUGCGUCAGCGAGUCAGAUGCAGUUCCGCGGCCGCGCGCUCGUGUCCACCUUCGCCGGAGAAUCCUGCACGUUCGGGCAGGGCACCCCGGCCGAUGGGUGGAGGUCGCAGUUCGCGCAGAGCCCGGACCUUGCUGGCAAGAUCUUCUUCAUGCCGUCCUUCUUCAUCGACCCCGCCACGUUCGGGACUUUCAACGGUGUCAUGGAUGGUGGAUUCAACUUUAACUCUGGAUGGCCCAUCCAGGUGAACACUGGCUUUGCCGCGGGUGUGACAUCGGACCUCGCUGUGAGCGGGCCGGAGGGCACGAACGCGCUGAAUCAGUUUAUUGGAUCCAACGCCACGGAUAUCUCCUUCAAACAGGGUCUGGCUGCUGCAACCCCGGCUCCGGCAUACAUGGCCGCUGCUGCUCCCUGGUUCUUCACGCACUUUAGCCCGCAAACGUUCAACAAGAACUUUGUAUUCCUCGCUGACCAGCACCUGUAUGCAAGACGCUGGGAGACCUUGAUCGCUGAGCGUGACCAGGUCGACUUGGUUGAGGUUGUUACGUGGAAUGAUUACGGAGAGUCUCACUACAUUGGCCCCGUGAAGGGCGCUCUGCCCACUGGCAGUGAAGUCUGGGUCAACAACUUCCCUCACGAUCCUCUUUUGAAGAUUACGCAAUAUUACGCAACCCAGUUCAAGACUGGCACGGCCCCAACGAUCGAUAAGGAUGAAAUUUUCAUGUGGUCGCGCCCUCAUCCGGCGCAGGCUCAGGCCCCCGAUCCAGUCGGGCCGCCGACGACCUUCCAACUGACCCAGGACAAUGUGUGGGCGCUUGUGAUGGCCACUGCGCCCGGGACUGUGACCUUGACGACUUCGCCGACGAACUCGCAGACGUUCCCGGUUGUUGCCGGUGUCAACAAGCUGUCUAUCCCCAUCACACCUGGUGGUACACUGUCGGGUACAGUGGACCGGAACGGACAGACUGCUGUGGCGCUGAAUGUGGCGCCGAGCACCUUCACAUUCGACGGUGCCCCCCAGACAUUCAACUACAACAUCUUUGUCGCCAGCGCCAGUGCAUAAGCCAUCUCGUGCUGUUAUAUAUUGAUAUUAUUCUGUAACCUGUACUUGACUCGUGUACUUGUUGUACUGGAAUACGAGCGUGAUUCGAGAAGCAAUUCGGGUGUGUGUGUGUUUUACGAGGUUUUCAUUCCGAGCACCUUGCCGCCUGCGAUCUCGGACUUGUCGAAGAUGCUCUGCGCCUCUGCUGCGGCUUUCCUGCCACUCUCGAUCAUUCCACCGAAUGUGGGGCCCAUGCGAUUCGAGCCGUCGUGUUCUGCCAGCUCCAUGCCAGCCAUGAUCAAGCCUGGGAUCACUUGCCGAGUUCCGCUGCCAUCUUCGUGAGUACCUUCCACAGAGAAUUCCACGACGCGCCUACUUGACUAUGGCCGGUUCCGACUCGUUCAUGUUAAGCUAAGACACGAGUCAAUCAACCUCGCUGCGAGAAGAAGACGGCGAAAAGUCACCCCGCGCAUAUUGCCGAGCUCUUUGUUGAGACCCAUGCUCACGAGCCGUUUCGCCGAAAACGCGCCCAUCGGCCCGUCGUGGCCCGUAGUACUGACCACAACUGGCGCAGUGAUCGUGGCCGGGUCCAUGCAUGAUUGAGUAUCGUGGUUGAGGGCAACUGGACGCAAAAGAUGAAACCAGCCGUAGCCCAGAAAUAUAGCGACCGGGACCCACCUAGUGUCCAGUUGGUUACGACACCGGUCACUCGCGCAUGGCCUUCGAAGUCCGUGCUGGUCAUCAGAUCCUCGACGGCCGUGGCGUUGAAAAGAACGACGUUGGGGAGCGCGAGGACUUUGGAGAGCAGCGUCGCCGUGAACAGCGCGGCGUGCUUCACCACGACGAACGACCCUUCAUCCUCGAACGGGACUCCGAUCUCCCGCAGGAAGCUGUCCGCCGGCUUUCGGAUGACCUGGAGGAGAAGAUGUUUGUCUCAUUGCGUGCAGGGCCGCGUUAUUGCCCAGGUCUCUCACCAUGGCGCUCAUCAACUGCCCGCCAAGCCAGGCUCCACCCCCAGGUGCGACAUUGGCUUCGAUGCUAUAUCAGACAGUCAGAACGCUCCAACCUCGGAAAAACGACCGACAUGGUGAUUUUAAGGUCAGGGCGCUGAGUGCCGAGAGUGUAUGCGCAGGACAGUCCUGCACUGCCAGCCCCAACGAUCACGACGUCAGAAACAGCUCUGUCGUACAUGCUGUCGAAGUAGCUGCAAGCGAAAUGUCGGGUCAGCGGAGGAUAGAACACACAGACUUUGGACCGCACCGCUUGAUCAUUGCUCGGGACACUUGCGCCUCCUCGAUGGGUGCGAACUGGAACGAGACAUCUGGGGCACCGCCCUUGCCACUGACGCUGUUGCCGACAAGACGGAAAAUGGAUGAGUGGGUUUCGGUUGUUGCAGUUGAAGACAUCUUUGAGGACACUGGCCCAUCAAGCCUGAGCCAUUUAUACGCUCUCAGUCCUUCUCAGGGAGUGCGAGGACCAGAAUUAGAACCAGCCGGUCGGUAAAGUUCCGGACGAAUAUUACAGCUCCCUUGACGCGUCUCGCUUUGACUUCAUUGGUGACGAGGUGGGGACUGAAGAAGUUGGGAGUCGACAGAACGUUCGAAGAGGAUCAAUCCUUAAUAGACCAAGCCGCAGAAGUAGCACUAUUCUUGAGGUC